UGCAUUUUUUUUUCUAUUUUAACUGUAUUUGACCGGAAUAUUUACGGGUUUAAUAGGGUCUGAUACACAGUUUUUUAUUAAGUGCGUUUGUUCUUGCGAUUGCCAGCAAUUUCAUAUUUGGGAACGUCCAUAGUUGAGUGCAGGAUGGCUCAAACAAUCAUUGUUUUAAGCGUUUCCUAAUGGAGCACUGCGCACUUUGUACCGCGGGCCACGAGAACUCUCUAUUGGAAGUUGUACUGUGCAUAUUGCAUACUUAUCAGAGUCCCCUGCAUUCAGUUGUGGACAACUUCAAAGCUCCUCUGUUUUUGGUUCAAUUUGUUUGGCUGUUUGGGGAAAUGAGUGGCCAGCAGACUUGCAUAUGUAUGUAGACUAAUAUGAAUAUUUCUGGUUUUUCUUCUAGCAGACAGCUACCAGUACCAGUUGCAGUCGAUGUGGCAGAAAUGCUGGAACACCAAUCAGAGCCUCGUGCACAAUUUGAGGUUUCGCGAGCGCGGCCCGCUGAAGUCGUGGCGGCCCGAGACGAUGGCCGAGGCGAUUUUUUCCGUCCUGAAGGAGGGCCUCUCAUUGUCGCAGGCGGCCAGAAAGUACGACAUCCCGUAUCCCACUUUCGUGCUGUACGCCAAUCGGGUGCACAACAUGUUGGGCCCGUCGGCCGACGGCGGAUCUGGCUUUGCAGAUUUGCGACCGAAGGGCAGAGGGCGGCCGCAAAGGAUCCUGCUGGGCGUGUGGCCGGACGAGCACAUCAGGGGCGUGAUCAGGGCGGUGGUGUUCCGCGACUCGCACCAGAUCAAGGACGAGCCCCACAUUCCCUAUCCGAGACUGCAUGACGGCGUCACCAUCCAGAGCUACCAGAACAACAGCUGCAGCAACGGCGCCGAUCCGAACGUGUCGCCGGGGGCAGCCGCAGCGGCCGCCGUGGCUGCAGUCGCGCAAGGGCUGCGCCAGCAAAUGUGCAGCAUGGUUGCCGCCGCCCACAACCAGAGCUCAGCGCACGAUACAAAUCCGGUGGCCAGUCUGGUCAACACGCUGGCGCUAGCGGGGCAUUGCGGCAACGUGGCGCUGCCCAGCAACGGUGCGCCGCCAAUGAGCAUGAGCCACAUGGCGAGCAUGCGCAAUAUGAGCAGUCCCGCUGGUAGCAUACAAGACCUGCGCAUCAGCCCGGCCGAGUCCGCUGGCAUGGAGAGUCCGAUCUCGUCCCCUCUGGGUCUCACUGUUUCCAGCACGAUGGAGCCCGCCAUUAACAUGAACAUCGGCAACAACAUGGACGUGGGCAUUGGAGUGUCGGGCAUGACCUACAAGCCGUCGAGGUCUUUUACGUCGCCGCGCCCCGAGAGCCUCUUUCAGGAGGACAUUGAGGAUCUGGUGAAGCCGAUCCACGGCUCGAACACGCCCAGGCCGAAAGACACGAUGCCCUCCAUCAAGAUGGAGCCGAUGACGGAGUGCCGGGGCGACUGAGCCGCCCCCCACCACUCCAUGUGAUAAAUCGCCCAAUAGCGACAUGAGGAAUGGGACUGGAUUUUUUUAUUCGAAAUUCGGGCCGAGAGGGUUGUUUGCCGAUUUUUCUGUAUAGAGCAUUUGAACCCAAAAUUUCAGGAGGAAAAUCAAAAUAUUCGUACACCCCUGCUCCCCAUGUAUAUAGCGGUGGUUGCGAUCGACCAGAAAGUCCCACGCCACUGAUCCAUCAGUGCAAUACACCAUAUUAACUUAUUUAAAUAAUUCCUAGUAAUUUUACAUGGUUAGUUUUUAAGGUCUGAGGUCAGUUUAUUUAUGUUCAGUAUUUGCUGCAAAUCGAGACCGGACAGUUUGAUUUAGGCCUGGGUAAUUAAUUAACGAAUUAGUUAUUCAUCGGCCGCUUUGGGUAUACAGGUGAGCCAUCUCGUAUAAGACGGAAAACACGCGGCCGAUGCCAGUGUGAAAAAAAAGUAAAUGUCUCGAAAACUGUGAAAACUUGUCUUGUUUAUUGUCGCUAUUUAUCAAUCAAAAUACGUUUCGGUGUAUUUUUCCACCAUCAUCAGUUUUUAUGUGUAGCGUUGUUGCUGC